AUGGUGCUCGCGCAGUUAGGGGGUAACAUCACGCGCGCUCUUCAGCAGAUGAGCAAUGCGACGAUCAUCGACGAGAAGGUGCUGAAUGAUUGUCUGAACGAGAUCACGCGCGCUCUUCUCCAAGCCGAUGUUCAGGUCAAGCUCCUCGCCGAUAUGAAGAACAAUAUCAAGAGAAUCGUCAAUUUCGAUGAUAUAGCCGCUGGCCACAAUAAGCGCAAUAUAAUCCAAAAGGCGAUUUUUAAUGAGUUGUGCAAGAUAUUGGAUCCAGGGAAGCCUUCAUUCACUCCAAAAAAGGGGAAAACUAGUGUUAUUAUGUUCGUUGGUCUGCAAGGUAAUUGUUAUACUGGUGCUUUUGACCAAUUGAAGCAGAAUGCCACUAAAGCUAAAAUUCCUUUCUAUGGGAGCUACACGGAGUCUGAUCCUGUGAGAAUUGCAGUUGAAGGUGUUGAGAGGUUUAAGAAGGAAAAUUGUGAUCUUAUAAUUGUUGAUACCAGCGGACGUCACAAGCAGGAAGCAUCCCUUUUUGAAGAAAUGCGUCAGGUGUCUGAAGCAACGAAACCAGACCUUGUAAUAUUUGCCAUGGACAGCAGUAUUGGUCAAGCUGCCUUUGACCAAGCUCAAGCUUUCAAGCAAAGUGUUGCUGUUGGAGCUGUGAUCAUCACCAAGAUGGAUGGACAUGCUAAGGGAGGUGGUGCGCUUAGUGCAGUUGCAGCAACAAAAAGUCCUGUCAUAUUUAUUGGGACUGGUGAACAUAUGUAUGAGUUCGAAUUAUUUGAUGUUAAACCAUUUGUUAGCCGUCUCUUAGGUAUGGGUGACUUGUCUGGAUUCAUGGAUAAAAUUCAAGAUAUUGUUCCGAAGAAUCAGCAACCUGAGCUUCUCCAGAAGCUAUCAGAAGGCAAAUUUACUUUGAGGAUUAUGUAUGAACAGAUCCUCCAGAAUAUAAUGGGCUCUAUUGGUCAGGUCUGUUGCAUCUCCAAUCUCCAUUGGUUGUUAACUUCUUGCUAUACUUGUAGCUCAAUUUUGUGUGCUCCUCAUUUUUCUUCAUAA